ACGUUCUUCGCUCUUCACGUCCACCAACACCACGACCACGACUACCACUCUUCUCCCUCAAAUAUGGCCGAAUCAUCCAAAGCUGCUUCUAACGGUGUGAAGGCGAACGCCAACGGCACGCCUUCCAACUAUGAGCUUCCAUGGGUGGAGAAAUAUCGUCCCGUCUUCCUCGACGACAUUGUCGGCAACACCGAAACCAUCGAACGCCUCAAGAUCAUUGCGAAAGAUGGCAACAUGCCCCAUGUCAUCAUCAGCGGAAUGCCUGGGAUUGGAAAAACCACCUCCGUCCUCUGCCUUGCCCGCCAGCUCCUCGGGGAAGCCUACAAAGAAGCCGUCCUCGAACUCAACGCUUCUGACGAGCGUGGUAUCGAUGUCGUGAGGAACAGAAUCAAGGGGUUUGCUCAAAAGAAGGUCACUCUUCCGCCCGGGAGGCAGAAAAUUGUCAUCCUGGAUGAGGCGGAUAGUAUGACCAGUGGAGCGCAGCAGGCUUUGAGAAGGACAAUGGAGAUUUAUUCGGGCACAACGAGAUUCGCGUUCGCGUGUAAUCAGAGCAACAAGAUUAUUGAGCCUUUGCAAUCGAGAUGCGCGAUCCUGAGAUAUGCGCGUUUGACGGAUGCGCAGGUGGUUAAGAGGAUCAAUCAGAUCUGUAAGGCAGAGAACGUGCAGUUCAGUGAUGAUGGGCUUGCGGCGUUGGUGUUCAGUGCGGAGGGAGAUAUGAGGCAGGCCAUCAACAACUUGCAGAGUACGCAUGCUGGCUUUGGAUUCGUGAAUUCGGAUAAUGUGUUUCGAGUGGUAGAUAGUCCGCAUCCGAUCAAGGUGCAGGCUAUGAUCAAGAGUUGUCAUGAACGGAAUGUGGAUGAGGCAUUGGACGCUCUGAAGGAGUUGUGGGGACUGGGCUACUCGUCCCACGACAUCAUCAGCAGUAUGUUCAAAGUGACAAAAACGAUUCCUUCGCUCGCAGAGCACACGAAGCUGGAAUUCAUUCGUGAGAUUGGAUUCACUCACAUGCGGAUCUUGGAGGGAGUACAGACCUAUCUUCAGCUUGCUGGGUGUAUAGCUAAGCUCUGCAAGUUGAACAUGAAGCCAGAGCUGUUCGUUGCACCCAAGAAGUGAGGGGAGAGGUGUCUGUCUGAUCUGAGACGGGCGACGCGUAUAUACUGCUUAUUAGCGCGGCGUUGGUGGAUGUGAAUGGGAAAAUGGACGAUUGGUCUUGAUAUCUUUUGCAUGAAAACUCUCAGUAGGGCACGCGCUCGCUCUGUCGGGAGACAAUUGGUGACAUGAUUGCGUGCUCGGGUGUAGGUUGGCGCAGCUACUGGCCCGCCUUGAGUGAAGUCGCUCCCCACUUCCAGACAUCAACAUGACCUUUACGACUUCUACGACCACCACAUCACAAAGCAUGACAGAUCCUGUGGACAAGCUGCGUGCGAUCGCCGAGGUACUAACUUUGUGCGAAGACUGCGAAUCAAGAAUACUGGGUCAGCGGCGCCAGCGACCGGCGGAGGAGGUGCCGCUUCUCGAUUUACCCAUUGACGAGCAACAAAGCUGCUGCGACAACAACAACACAGAUGGAGACCGCGGCCGGAAGCGCAUACCUCGAGCAGGCACGCCCAUACCCCAGCAGCGCGACCGCACCUCAAGACUGCUGCAGCCAACACCCUCGCCCGAGGAUGGUGAAGGUCCAAUAAACGACGUGUCCUACAAACGCUGCUUUGUCAACAACGUGCGCGCCGUUGAUUGCGACCUUCAGGCAUUUACCCUCCGCGACUGCGACCUGGACAGUGUCACCUUUCGGAAUUGCAAUUUCGCAGAUGUCGUCUUUGAGGACCUGAAGUUGAAGAACGUGACAUUCUGCAAUGUCGAUUUUCGCAAUGUGUGGCUCCGAGACAUCAAGUGGAUCUGCGCUCUCUGGGAUGGAGUCGGACUAGCGAAUGCCAUGGUGACUGGCUUCAGCUUCGUGCGCGAUACCAAGGAUGAGAAGCGGCCGAGACUGACUCUCUCGCUCAAGGCCAGGCCGACGAGCGUCUUCAGCAAGACCCGGAUAUUGUACCCCCUCGGGGCGCGCAAAGCCAAUGUAGUGCAGGACGGGGAAUCGAAAGUGUUUUGUCAGGAGAGGAAGGAAGAGCUACUGCAACUACCUGACCGUGUGGUGGAUCUGAUAGUGGCACACCUGUUCCCUCGCCCGCGCGACAAGAAUUCCAACGCAGUGAUGAUGAGCGACGUUCCGGUCUCGUCUCCGUCCAAAAACACGACAUAUCAAUCCACGUACACCAUCCGCAGCCCUUUUGGCUUCCGUUCUCCAUCUUUCACCUACCACGGCUGGCCAUAUUGCAGCACUGUCACACCUCGUUCCCCUGAGCAGCAGGCCGACUCGUUUAGCCUCGAUUUCUGCAUUCCGUUUCUGUCUGCCUCCAAGCAGUGCUACGAUCUCGCCAUCACGCACGUUUACGACCGACGCUUCCACUUCGACGACAAACCAGAACGUUGCUUGGCCUUCCUGCAAGACCACACCGCUCCAGAGCACAAACUGCUCGGCAUUGUCCUCCGCUACUCUUCACAGACAGAUCCUACCGUCUGGCGCCAACUCUUUGAAUCACUCCAGACAGACAAAGACGCGAUCAGCGAGCUGACUGUGGAGAUCUCGGACGAGUUUUGGAGCUCCAGCAUCUGGAGAGCAACAUGUUAUCCAGAAACAUUGAUCGGUUGGAAAGGUUGGAAUGGAGUCUGGGCACAACAAUUGACAGACCCCAAAGAUGUGGAGAAGAGUCCUCUAGAGCUUGUGGCGAGACUGCCAGGAUCGAGACUACACGAUGGGAAAGUCCCCAGAAAGGCGGAGGAUGUGCGGUUCUUUUUGGACAUUCCAGGAGCAAAAGGUUCUCCGAGUCGAGAGGCGUUCGUGGAAGUAGUGCAGAUGAAGUUGAGGAUGAGAAUGCUGAGUGUGACGGGUCCGUGA